ACGCGGCGCGUCUAGGAAUACUAGCUCCAGCCUAAAAUAUUCCCAAAUCCUUCGCAACCAUGUGGCGCAAGUGCCUGAGCAGCCUGGUGGCCAGUCAGCGCCAGGUGCAGCCAAUGCUGCGGCUGAUGCAUCAUCAUCCCAAUCAGGCGCCCGCCACCAGACCGCCAAAAAUUCUAAUCACGGGUGGUCUCGGCCAGCUGGGCAUUGAGUGCGCCAAGUUGUUGCGCUCCCAGUACGGCAGCGAGAGCGUCAUACUCUCGGAUAUUAUCAAGCCCAGCCAGGCGGUGCUGGAGAACGGGCCCUACAUAUUCGCCGAUAUUCUGGACUUUAAGGGUCUGCAGAAGAUUGUCGUUAAUCAUCGCAUCGAUUGGCUGAUACACUUCUCGGCGCUGCUCAGUGCUGUCGGUGAACAAAAUGUGCCCCUGGCUGUGAGGGUCAACAUUGAGGGCGUGCACAAUGUUAUUGAGCUGGCCAAACAGUAUAAGCUGCGCAUCUUCGUGCCCAGCACUAUUGGCGCCUUUGGGCCCGAUAGUCCCCGUAAUCCCACACCGAACGUAACGAUACAAAGACCGCGCACCAUCUACGGCGUUUCGAAGGUGCACGCCGAGUUAAUUGGUGAAUAUUAUUAUCACAAAUUCGGGCUGGAUUUUAGAUGUCUGCGUUUCCCGGGCGUCAUUUCCAGCGAUCCGCCAGGCGGCGGCACGACGGACUAUGCGGUUGCCGUCUUUCAUGAGGCACUGCGUCAUGGCAAAUACACGUGCUACCUGAAACCCGACACACGCCUGCCCAUGAUGUACAUUGAGGAUUGCUUGCGAGCUCUCCUGGAGUUUAUGCGCGCACCCAACGAGCAGCUUAAGCGACGUGUCUACAAUGUGACAGCCAUGUCCUUUACGCCCGAGGAGCUCGUCGAUAAGCUGAGCAAGCAUGUGCCCCAUUUGCAUGUGACUUACAAGCCGGAUAGUCGACAGCUGAUAGCUGAUUCUUGGCCGCAGGUGUUCGAUGAUUCGGAUGCGCGACGUGACUGGCACUGGAAGCACAAAUAUGAUUUGAACAAUCUGGUCGAUUUCAUGGUCAAGGAUGUGCAGGAGAACUAUAUCAACGUGGAGAACGGAGAACGUCAAACGAUCAAGAUCUAAGAUGCGCACACAGCAGCUGGGAAACUGCAACUAAAUAGUAUUCCACACAAUCGAAUGAGAUUCAAAUGGCAUUUAAAAGCAUUUUUAUGUACAAUUUGUUCAAUUCUUAUCUACCCUAUGGGAAAAUAUACAUCAUGAACCAACAAUCAUUUGAACGUAUUCAUUUCAAAAUUUUCUUAGAUACUUUGGUUUAAUCUAAGUUUUAAAUUUGCUGCACAGCAGAAAAACUUUUCGUAGAAAACAACAUUUAUUCGAGGCUUACUUCGAUUCAUGAGAAUCGCAGAGUAAGGCUUUAUAUAAAAAUACGUUUUUCUUUUAAAUUGCAGCACAGCAAUUUAGCCUGGUCUGUGCUCACAUACGCACAUGUAUAUACUUAAA